UGUGGGCAAUAGUCUUUGCUAUGGCAGUGAAGGGUGAGAAGCAAUUGACACUGGAGAUCACAGACAGCUUGGAUUUCUUCUCAUUCCUACCAUCACUCACUUCAACAAGUGACACAGAUGCCCCACUCCUACCAUCAUUCUCUGUUCCUGCUAAAUCUCCUGGCUUCUCAUCUCUUCGCUAUAAAACAGAGCUAUGUACAAGAUAUGCAGAAAGUGGGUUCUGUGCAUAUAAAAAUCGGUGCCAGUUUGCCCAUGGUUUAAGUGAGCUUCGUCCUCCAAUCCAGCAUCCAAAGUACAAGACAGAGCUAUGUCGUUCCUUUCAUAUCCUUGGAACAUGCAACUAUGGAUUACGUUGCCUCUUUAUUCAUAGCCCUCAUGAAAGGAGAGAGCCUCCAGUCUCCCCUGACACUCUUCGUCUCCCAACGCGUCGUCAUGCAGUGCCUUACAACAAAGAACGCUGUCGCCUUUGGCGGUCUCCUGGAGGAUGCCCUUAUGGAUCCUGUUGCCACUUCCAGCACCCGAAGGGGGCUCAGGAGCCUUGCCGUCAUUUCACUGCUCUCGGAGACUGUCCAUAUGGUGCCCGUUGUCACUUCUCUCAUAGCCCACCUCAAGACCGUUGGAGCAUAGGAACCAAAAAUGGAAGAGGAUCUCUUUCCCCUUCAGAUCCAGGUAGUGACCCUGGAACACCUGUUCCUACAGACGCCCCUGCUAAUAAUGCCUUCAAUUUCUCAAGUUGCCUUCUGCCGCUUGCCUUGCGUCUGCAAAUCCUUGGUGAAGAGGAAGAUUUUGCCAGUGAUCAAACUCUUACAGAUCCAAAUUAUCGGGGACUGCUGUCAGACUAGUAUCACUUCAUGGUGUACUAUGAAUUCUUUAAUGAUUCUGACCACUCUUCUCUAUCGUGCAAAGCUUCUAAUUGUUGGACAAGAAGAGAAUUUAACUUAUUUUAACUUUUUUUUUUUAUUGCUAUUUCUUAACUUAUUCUUAAACCCAGAGCUGGUGUUAUUUUAUUAAUGGAAAUGUAGUUUCAUGGAUUGCUAUUAUGGAACAAGAUAUUUUCAUGUCGCUAAUUAAAAUUGAUUUUAUGAUAA